GGGGAGGACUCCCACAGAGGUAAGUUUUACUGGUCGCUGCGCCUCCUUGCCCUCGUCGACUUAUGCUGCCUUCAGCGUGACAUAUUUACACGAGCGCGCUUCCGUCAUCGUGAACCGCUCGGAUCGAUGACACGCAAGUCUCCAUUGGGCGCAUCGGUGCGUCAAGAAUAUAUUUCCAUUUCCACCGUCUUUACUGUACGCAUUCAUCCAGGGCAUUUUCUCAUUUCGCGAGCGUUGUGCGCAGACGUGCGUCUCAAUUUUUUGAUGUUCCCCAUCUGUCUUGUUCUUCGUUCGUGCCAGAUAUCUGUCCGAUGUGCCGUUCUUUCCGCACAUUUAUGCAUACGAUACAUCUCGCCUUUUCUUGGAUAUGUAUCCUCUCGGUCGUCUUGUGGUUCUUAUGUUCUCUCUCGUCGUUGUAAUCUCCGUCUAUUGUCUCGUCUUCCUCCUCUCGCUUAUAUGGUCUCUCCUGAAGUCUCUGGUCUCGGGCUGUAUGAAAGUUGCUCGUUCCUCGUCUCAGAUUGGUCUUGUAUGUGUCUGGCCUUCACAUGAAUUUCGGAUUCCACUUUUCUUACAACUUCGCGAGUGACUUCUGGUACUCCAGCGUCAUUGAUAGUUCGCAUCGAAUGCGCAACGGUGAGAUCUCGUUAGAAAUGUUGUGUAAAUUGGAAGACUAUUGA